UCGGAAUAACCGAGCAUCGCGCCGUAUUCGUCAAAGUCGAAAUGUAACCUUCCGGUGCACGUUGCGCAGGAAAAUCGAACUAUAUUCAAACUAAUUCCAAAUUCACCGUUCCACAGUCAUAGAACACGAUAAGCGGGACUAGGGAGAAUGUGUACUUGCAACCAUAGCACGCAAUGCUCCGAAGAAUACUACUCUGCGCUCGAGGAAACUGAUCCGUCUAUUGCCGAAACUUCGUGGCGAACGACUCAAGACCGAUCGACGGAAAGCGGCGAAAGAUAUUGUACAGCCCAGUGUAGUGCCCAGGCAGUCCCAUUUUCACACGCACCUAUUACUAUACCAACAGGCAAUCUGUCAUGGGGCUUGGCCGUGGCCCGGCGCUUAGAUUUUGGCUCUUACCAGUCGGGAACGGACGAUUCGAGCGAGUUCGUCGUAAGCGGUUUAUCGGAAGACUUGAGACGACUACGGCGGGGUGAGUCGUUACUUCGUUCUUCAACCACGCCCGAGGGAUAUCCUGUAGCUUCCUCUUCCCUUCGUACUCCACCAUUCUCGCCCGAAAGGUCUCGCAUACCUACACUCGACAGAUCGUACGUAGGUACACCCGAAAGGUCUCGCGCGGCAGCUUCGCCUCAGCGAGUUACGCCUCGCAGGCCUCCUCCAAGAAUCGCACGAGGCACUUACAGCAUAGAUCGCAGAAGACGGCCAUUCGAAUUCCCGCAUAUGGCCAAGCCGCCGCCGCUCGGUUCCACCAAAACCGCACCCUGUGUAAAGUGCCUCAGGAUCUAACAACGAUGGCGAAAAGAACCUGCCAAUUAGAGAUUCGUCUACCACCGAGGAUGCUCGAGGAAUCUGCUGCUUUGCAUACAAAGUGCACGCAUUGUUUGUAAAGGGCGCGUUAAUCACGGAGAGGAUUAUACAUUCACGGACUCCAUAAAGCUCCGUCGAAUUAUUCAGUCGGCUAUUAUCAUACUCGAUCGAAUUAAGUUUGAAUAGCCUCGGCGCGCUUCGUACACUUCGAGCUUUAUUGCCGCGAGUCGCAAUAGAACCAUAGGCAGGCGAACGACGGCUCGGCGGGUACGGUGCUGCCUUCGUGACCGCAUUCUUCGCAAAAGUGCCAGGGACCGACCGACGGAUCGAAAAAGCACGAGUUCUCUGCAAACAGUCCGACAUGCCGACUGCCGAUUCCCGUUUCGCGCUCGUCAGCAUGGACCUCGUCGCUCCUCGUCGCUUCGAGUUUUCAAGAUCACGCUUUCUUCGGGAGCUAUCCGAUAGUUGGCGUUAACGAUAAUAAUCAUUCCGCCGUUCCAACAUCAUCGGAAACAUGACGCACGAUCAUUAUAUCGCGUUGAAAAAAUAAAAAUACGAAUAAACAUGAUUUGCAACAAUGUGGAGAAAUAAAAAUUCAUUUGCAACAAA